AUGAUAUUCAGAUCUAUUGAAAGACAUUUCAUCUAAUUUAAACAAAUUUUUUCCCUGUAUCAAACUUGACAGGACAUGUACAUGAAGAAAUGUUGUUGGAGGAGGCACAAAUGAUCGAAGAUGAAUCAAAUGUCACAUCCAUUCAGCCAGAUGUGACUUUAGAAGGAACUGCUGCGUCAUCUCAUCAAAGCCAAGCUAACCCUCAGCCUGCUCUUCAAGUGACCACCAAGCCUCCAGAUGGAACGAAAGUGAUUCCAGCCAUAAAGAUGGCGCUUUGGCCUAGCUGGAGGAAGAAACUGUUUGAAGACUGGCUUGAAAGCCGCGAUGGGAAAGUGUAUGCUUUUUGUAAAAAGUGUAACACGUACUAUUCAGGCACCUGGCACGCAUUCAGCAACAUUUCCCUUCAUGCCAGUCGUGUCCACACGGAAGACUACAAUCGACUGAUGGUAUUUCCUGCUUCCAAUUCAUCCGGUAAGCAAUCAUCCAUUACAAAAUUCACUGCUGAAUUGAAGAUUCCUGUCGUUCGCCAAGCAAAACUUGAUCAGCUGCUGACCCGAGCCUUUGCCACUGGAAACAUUCCGUUAUACUUUUUGCAAAACGAAGACUUGAAAGCAUUUGCAAAGCUCGGAAUCCCGGGAUACAAGUUGCCCACUGAAUUUACAAUGCGGAUGAGACACAUGCCGGCAGAAUUCCUCCGAAUUCAGAAGAUUUUGCAAGAGAAGAUAUUGCAAUGUACAGCUUGUUGGAAAUACAAGAAAAGCUGAGUCAACCAUGAGGCUUCUGUAUUGACAGGGAUUUGCAUUGAACACAUAUACAAUC